AUGACUAUGACAUUGCUAACACUUCCCUCUAUACCAAAACUAAAUGACGCGGAAGCGCUGAUAUGCACCUUCAAAGAAAAUUGCGUCUGCACUCCCACUGAAUUCAAGAAAUCAACAAUCAUAACUUGUAUCGUGGCGGAUGCCCCAUUAAAAGGGUGCUAUAACUGUCCAAAAGGCGCAGUGGCAAUUGUGCGCUGCAUUGCUGAAGAAGACACCUUUGGAGAAAUUCUUUGUGCGCAUCAUUCGUUUGUGGUAUCGUGCGCCCCCGAAGGACCUGAAACAACUCUACACUUCCACUUGGACUCAGCACGCCACCUUUUUGAAUGCACAAUAACAUGUGGCCAGGUAAAGAACACCUUUAGGACACAUCAAGGACGUUAUAUUUGGCUGGUACAAGAUCCCGCUCAUAACAUCACUGUAAUAGUGUUUCUGGGUACAACCUACAUCUUAGUCAAUACUAUGGGACUGCGCCUGCUCAAUGCCACCUUGAGCGUGUUCGGGGCGAUUCUCACCCUACCAGUGCGCACCUUACGCUUUCUACUCCUUAAUAUGAAAUGUUGGCUAGCGAAAGUGCGAGAAACGGCAAAAAAGACUGUCUGA